AUGUCCCACCUAAUCCACCAACUCGGCCUCCCCCAAACCUUCGGCUUCUCCGACGUCUUCUCCAUCGACGAACCCGACCUCCUAGCCUUCGUCCCCCGUCCCUCCCACGCUCUCCUCCUCGUCUUCCCCGUCUCCCAAACCUACGAAGCCUCGCGCCUCUCCGAAGACUCGCCCCUCUCCGAAUACACAGGCUCGGGACCGAAUGAGCCAGUUAUGUGGUUCAAGCAAACGAUUCGGAAUGCGUGCGGGUUGAUCGGACUGCUACAUGCGGUGUCGAACGGCGAGCCGAGACGGAAUAUUGUGAAGGGGUCCGAUUUGGAGAAAUUGUUAGCGGAGGCAGAGGCAUUGGGGCCAGUUCAGAGGGCGGAUUUGCUGUAUGAGAGUAAAGCAUUGGAGAGCGCUCAUGCGGAUGCAGCGAGGCUGGGGGAUACGCAGGCGCCCGGUGCGGAGGAUAGUGUCGAUUUGCAUUUUGUGGCGUUUGUGAAGGGGAGUGAUGGGCGGUUAUGGGAGUUGGACGGACGGCGGAAGGGACCGUUGGAGAGGGGGGUUUUGGAAGAGGAUGAGGAUGCGUUGAGUGAGAAGGCGUUGGACUUGGGGGUGAGGAGGUUUUUGAAAACGGAGGCGGCUGGGGGGAACCCGGAUUUGAGGUUUAGUUUGGUUAGUUUAGGGCCUGUUUUUGAUUGA